CUACUCGGUUGCCUCCCCAGAGACCCAAGGGAUGCUUAAGCCCUUCAAUUAACCACUAAUCUAAUCCACCUGUUCAACUGUUCCGCCGGAACAGCUUCCAUCCCCCUCACCCAGGGAUCACGAACGAACCUAAUCAUCCGUUCUUUAACGGGGAACAGGAUGUGUAUCUCCGGCCUCAGAGAUACUUUACAUCGUCCGCUGCAAAGAAGACGAGGAAGAAAGCAGCAAGCAAACCAAACCCUCCCCUGAGGCGGAUUCUUCUGCUUCAUCUACCCAAUUUGCUCUUCGAUCUUGGCGUCGAAUCCCUAAAGGUUGAUCUUUUUGGUGGGAAUUUGGAGGAAAGAUGAGCUCCAAUCCGAACAACGACUGCGCGGGGUGGCUUUUCGCCUCGGAUUUCAUCUGGGACGCUCGGAUCAUCGACGGCCCCUCAGCUUCGAGUGCAAUGCUUGGGUUUGAUGUGUUGAGCAAGGAGGACAACUGCCCAAACAAUGGUUCCCGGAAGAAACGAAACCGUGUGGAGUCAUGUGCUGCACCAGGCACAAAAGCUUGCCGUGAGAAACUGCGAAGGGAUAGACUCAAUGAUAGGUUCACGGAGUUGUGCUCGGUCAUGGAUCCUGGAAAGCCUCCCAAGACAGACAAAUCUGCCAUUUUGAGUGAUGCCACUCGUCUUAUGAACCAUUUGCGUCUUGAAGCAAAGAAGCUCAAAGACUCGAAUGAAGCAUUCAAAGAUGCCAUAAAGAGUCUGAAGCAUGCCUUGCAGGCAGAGAAAUUGGAGCUAAGGGAUGAGAAAAUGAGGCUGAAGGCUGAGAAGGAGCGGACGGAACAGAUGCUCAAAGCCAUUAGCACUACACCCCAGUUCAUGACUCAACCAGCUGCCGCAACUCCUCAUUCAGCAUCAGUUGCAGCUCACAUCAAAACCAUCCCGCACCCGAGCUACAUGCCAAUGGGCAUGUGGCGAUGGAUACCUCCAGCCGCUUUGGAUACUUCUCAGGAUCAUGUGCUAAGGCCGCCUGUUGCUUAGUAACUUUUUCCAAUAUCCUGGCAUUAAAAACACUCAUCAUUUAGCUUGCAUUGGUUGUUAAUGUCAACUUAUCUAAAAGUAUUGCAGAUUUAUCAUCUGUGUCAGAAUUUUUUAGUCUCAUUCAAGUUUUUAGAUCUUGGUAAAUUGUAACAGAACUAAAAUUUUAUGAAGAUGGAAUGGAUGCGUGGACUAUGACCA